GAUUAGUAGUGCGAUUCUCGUCCUCUCGUCUCCUUCGGCAACGCUGCACUUCAAAUAUGCCGACAAUAAGGUGAUUAACGUUUAAAAAAAUGAUGGGUACUCGCAACCAUUUAUGUUAAGAGCAGUUACUUGCGACGAAGUGUCUAAAUUAAGACACCUACAGUAUUGUUGCAAAUAGGCUAAAUAAGCUAAGCUACAUGAUAACGUUACCCGGACCAGAGCAGUCUCUCUGUGCUGAUCUGUUUAACUUACAGCAGAGGAAUAGCUCGCUUUCCUCAGGCUGAAACAAACCGGUUUUUACCAAAGAUGUCGUGGUUCAAUCAUGUCAGUCAAGGCUUAAAUCAACAGCAGCAGCCCACAGACGGCCACAGACUCACGGCCACUGACAUGCUGUCUAGCACUCACAACUCCAGGCUCAGAGGUCCGACAGAGGGAUCACCGACCAUGGCAACACAACACUGGAACGGCUACUCCACUCCCAGCCCGGAGGACUUUCCAUCAGCUUCACAUGGUGUAGUCAGCCCUCCCAGCCUGGGGAACCUGUCCUGCGCUUCUCCGAGUGCAGCUAAGAUGAGAGAGCUGGAGCCCAUCUCAUAUGUAAGCCUCCAGGAGCAGCGGUGUGUCCUGAGCUGGUUCCAGGGCUGGAACGCCACUCAGAGGGAGCGAUUCUUGCAGGACCUUCUGGGGAAAGCUGUACCUGGAAAAGUGUGCACCCUCCUAGAUUCACUCAGUACUCUUCAGGUUAAAGACAGACUACCAAACAUCUUUGAAUGCCAGGUGCGCCUGUGGACCCAGUGGUUUGAGUCUUGGAGAGAAGAGGAGAGGAAUCAUUUCCUGCACAUACUGGAAGAGCGGGAUCCAGUUUUCGUUGCCCACUUUUACAGGAGUGUAGCCGGUACAGCAGGAAGAGACUGAGCAAUGUUUGCAUUGUGAUGAAAAAGCAAGUGAUUAAAACAACAUGUUAAAGAGGUGACGUGUGGUGGGAAAUGUGUAUUAGGUCUGAGAUAAUUCUCUUCAGAGAAAUGUUUGUGUCACUGUGAUGGUAUUUAUUGUUGAAGGUAAACCAUUUCAUUGUAAGAACACAAGUAUUCAUUCAAUAUAAGCUGUUUUUAUUAAGUUUCCUACACCGGUUUCUCCAGGGCUAUAUCGCACAUUAUACCACUUUUUUUUUUUUUUUUUUUAUUUAUUUUAUUUUUUAAAGAAAUUUCAUAAUGCUUUUAUCAUGGAUGAAUCUCUGCCAUCUAGUGACCCAAUGGUGUGAACAUGAAAUAAACAGGUUUAAUAUCUGGCUGUAACAAUUAAACUUACAGGGUACAUUUUUCAGAACUGGGCCUAGUGAUUGAAACACCUGGGCAAGAGGACACAUUCUUUUUAAAACAGACAAAUAAACAAAAUGCAUCAUUGUA